GCCGUGCGCGCAAAUGGCUGGACAUCCCCGUGGACAUGCAGCUCACCAUGAUCCAAGCCACAGGAAUCAGGCUGCCGGACAAGUCUUCCGAUCACCCGGAAUUUGUUACACAGCGCUUCGUGAGUCAGUUUUGGGUUGGACAAAAAGCCCCUAUUCCACAAAGGUCGGACAUCCGGUUGGUCUCCACCUUGGAGAAGCUGGCCAGGGCACGGGUCAAAGAGCUCAAUUUGAACUACCUGGACAAGUUCAAGGAUGGAAUGGACAACCUACUGAAGGACCCAAAUGAGAUGGCAGUGUGGGAACUGGAGGGCAAUAAGCUGGUCCUACGUGGACUAGCACAAAAUCCGGAGGAUUACAAGGAGCAUGAACUAGCAGCU